AUGGAUGAAGUUAUUGAUGACUUAAUUAACCUUGAAUCCGGGUUCAAUGAUGGGGGCUUGGACUCUCCUCUGAAGGUGUCCCUGAGCAGUGGCAUGUUGGAGGUGUACAGCGGAGACCAAGGUAUGACUGCCCCUAAUGGCGGAAUGACACCCACCUCAUGCUCAACAAAGCUCACAGUUAAAAGGGAAAUCACAGAACACGACACCAGAGUGCUGGCUAAGGAAAGACAGAAAAAGGACAACCAUAACUUAAUUGAAAGAAGGCGGCGAUACAAUAUCAACUACAGAAUCAAGGAGCUUGGAACACUGAUACCAAAGUCAAAUGACCCUGAUAUGCGCUGGAACAAAGGGACCAUCCUCAAAGCGUCGGUGGAGUACAUUAAGUGGCUGCAGAAGGAGCAGCAGCAUGCCAGAGAGCUGGAGAGUCGGCAGAAAAAGCUGGAACAGGCCAACAGGAGACUACUGCUCCGAAUUCAGGAGCUGGAAAUCCAGGCUCGUGCUCACGGUCUGCCCAACAUGACUAAUGCUUUAGGAUCAGUGGAGCUGUCCUCUCAUCUCCUUAAACAGCAGCACCAACAACAGCCUCAGACCCAAGCACCACAGGGCCCACAGGCAGCUCCCCCACCUGCCCCUCAGCCAGGUGACGGUUCCACCACCUUCUCUGACCCUCUAUCCCACUUUACAGACUUCUUCAGCGCCACACUGAAAGAGGAGCACCGACUGGACGAGAUUCUGAUGGACGACCCUCUCUCGCCGUUCGGCGCCGACCCGCUCCUUUCCGCCGCCUCGCCCGCCGCCUCCAAAACCAGCAGCCGCAGGAGCAGCUUCAGCACUGACGACGGAGAAGACCUUUAG